CUUUGGCAGCAGUCCUUGAAAGUCUGAAAACUCUGAGCCAGUGAGCUACUCUAUGCUUCAAUGGCUAAACCAGUUUCAAUUGAGGUGUGGAACCCAAAUGGCAAAUACAGAGUUAUUAGCACCAAAUCCAUGCCCGGAACUCGCUGGAUCAAUCUCUUAGUUGAACAAGAUUGCCGGGUCGAAAUAUGUACCCAGAAGAAAACAAUACUUUCUGUUGAAGAUAUCGUUACUCUUAUAGGAGAUAGGUGUGAUGGAGUUAUUGGACAGUUGACAGAAGAUUGGGGAGAGACUUUGUUUUCUGCACUGAGCAGAGCAGGAGGCAAAGCUUUCAGUAACAUGGCUGUGGGUUAUAACAAUGUUGAUGUUAAUGCUGCCAACAAGUAUGGCGUUGCUGUUGGGAAUACUCCUGGAGUACUUACAGAAACUACAGCGGAGCUGGCAGCUUCACUAUCAGUAGCAGCCGCAAGAAGAAUAGUUGAAGCGGAUGAGUUUAUGAGAGCAGGCUUAUAUGAUGGAUGGCUUCCUCAUCUAUUUGUGGGGAACUUGCUUAAGGGACAGACUGUUGGUGUGAUUGGAGCUGGUCGUAUUGGAUCUGCAUAUGCCAGAAUGAUGGUUGAAGGUUUCAAGAUGAAUCUAAUCUAUUAUGAUCUGUACCAAGCCACACGGCUAGAGAAGUUUGUUACAGCUUAUGGGGCAUUCUUAAAAGCCAAUGGUGAAAAGCCAGUAACUUGGAAACGAGCAGCUAGCAUGGAUGAGGUGCUUCGAGAAGCUGAUGUGAUAAGUCUUCACCCUAUUCUGGAUAAAACCACAUAUCACCUCGUCAACAAAGAAAGUCUCUCAAGGAUGAAGAAGGAAGCAAUCCUUAUCAACUGCAGUAGGGGACCUGUGAUUGAUGAAGUAGCUCUUGUAGAGCAUUUGAAAGAGAAUCCUAUGUUUAGAGUUGGUCUUGAUGUCUUCGAGGAUGAACCUUUUAUGAAACCUGGGCUUGCUGACCUAAAGAAUGCUAUAGUGGUACCUCACAUAGCUUCUGCUUCGAAGUGGACUCGUGAAGGAAUGGCAACACUAGCAGCUCUUAAUGUCCUGGGGAAGAUCAAAGGAUAUCCAAUUUGGUCAGAUCCAAACCGGGUAGAACCAUUCCUCAAUGAGAACGCUCCACCACCAGCUGCAUGUCCUAGCAUUGUCAAUGCCAAAGCCUUGGGUUUACCAGUCUCAAAGCUGUGAGCAUGGAUGCUUAAACACAUUUUGGGCCUUCUGGUGCAAUUACAAGAUAGAAUGUUUACUGGAUGAUGUGACAGAAGGCUCAGAUAAUUAUGCAAUUCUAAAGAGUAGUGACUGUAAAUUUUGUAAGACCAAUUAUUGUUGGUGAUAUAUGUAUUGGUCAUGAGUUUGUAAGAACAGCAGUAAUUAUAAAUUUUAUCAUUGAUGCACAAGACAUAAAUUAGUGCUUUAUUUC